UCAUUGUGUGUUAUUUUUCCUUUCUCUUACGCUUGCUUGAACAACAACUACUACUACACACUAUAUUAACUAGUGAUAAUUGCUUAUUAGCAGACAUAUUAAAACAAUUUAAAUUAUAGCCGAAGCUUCCAUGUGCCACGCCAGUCUCCACUGACACCUGAUCUUCUCCUCCUUUUAUUUCUUCUACUCACAAAAAUUAACAAAGCAUAUUCUUCGUCUCUCUCUCUCUCUCUCUCUUAGCUUUGACUUCAAAACUCAUUUAAGAAACUCCUCUUUGCUCUCUAAAUUCCUGUGCCCAUAUAUCUUUUCUGUUCAAGAUCCAGUUUUUCAGAUCAAAUUAUACUCCCCUCAAUGUCACUGUCUCAAUGUCAUAACUCAUAAUUGAGUUCUUGAUAUUCAUUUAUUGCCAUUUUCCUCAAGUAAGUUCUUCAUCUGAAGUUUGUAGACUAUAAUGGCACCAAGCUCAGUAGUUGUCACCAUAGAGAAUCCAAGGAGCAUUUCAUUAGUUGAAGUCAAUGAUUUGAAUUCACCAUCAGCUUUUAGGGAUAAAAAUAAAGCUGCAAAUCCAAAAAGAUUCACUAAAGUCCUUCUUUUGAAAGCCCAAAGAACACUUGGAUGUAUCCCAUGGUUGGCUAAUAAUUUGUUUACAACUUUUGCUUCUGUCAAGAAACGUAUUGCUUUAUCAGAUGAAAGAGAUGAAGAGCCAAAAUACAGGGGAAAGUUGUACAGAUUUAUUAGAGUUUUUCUUGCUAUUUCAGUGGCGGCUUUGUUUAUUGAAAUCUUUGCUUAUUUCAAUCAGUGGCAUUUAAAUCUGGUGAAUCCUUGGGAGGUUCAAAGUCUUUUGCAAUGGACUUAUAUGGCUUGGAUUUCAUUUAGAGCUGAUUAUAUUGCACCUACACUUGCCACACUUACUUCUUUUUGCAUUGUGCUAUUCCUAAUUCAAUCAGUAGAUCGACUAGUUCUUUGUCUUGGAUGUUUCUGGAUGAAGUUAAGGAAGAUCAAGCCAAUUAUCAAUGAAGAUGCAAGUGAUCCUGAGGGUGGAUCAUACUUCCCCAUGGUUCUUGUACAGAUUCCCAUGUGCAAUGAAAAAGAGGUUUUUGCGCAAUCAAUAGGCGCUGUUUGUCAGCUGGAUUGGCCAAAAGACCGAAUGUUGGUACAAGUAUUGGAUGAUUCAGAUGAUGAAGUCCUGCAGCAAAUGAUCAGGAAUGAAUGUUUAUCCUGGAAAGAGAAAGGUGUCAACAUCAUCUACAGACAUCGGUUCAUCCGGACUGGUUACAAAGCUGGCAACCUUAAAUCCGCAAUGGCUUGUGACUAUGUUCAGGAUUAUGAAUUUGUUGCAAUUUUUGACGCCGACUUCCAACCAAAUCCUGAUUUCCUUAAACUGACUGUACCUCAUUUUAAGGGAAAACCGGAUGUUGGACUUGUUCAAGCACGCUGGACCUUCGUUAAUCAGGAUGAGAACUUACUUACUAGGCUUCAGAACAUCAACUUGUGCUUCCAUUUUGAGGUGGAACAGCAAGUGAACGGUCACUAUCUCAAUUUCUUUGGAUUCAAUGGAACAGCUGGUGUUUGGAGAAUUAAGGCUUUGGAGGAGUCUGGUGGAUGGUUGGAACGCACAACUGUAGAGGAUAUGGAUAUUGCGGUCAGAGCACACUUGUAUGGAUGGAAAUUUAUCUAUGUUAACGAUGUAAGGGCCCUUUGCGAGUUACCAGAAUCCUAUGAGGCUUACAAAAAACAGCAGCACCGUUGGCAUUCUGGUCCUAUGCAACUCUUCAGACUAUGUCUUCCGUCAAUCCUCAAGUCCAAGAUCUCAGUCUGGAAGAAGGCCAACAUGAUAUUCCUUUUCUUUCUUCUAAGGAAGCUGAUAUUACCCUUUUACUCAUUCACAUUGUUCUGUAUCAUACUUCCACUAACAAUGUUCAUACCAGAAGCCGAAUUACCUCCUUGGGUGAUCUGUUACGUCCCUAUCGUCAUGUCCAUUUUGAACAUCCUUCCUUCACCAAAGUCUUUCCCUUUCCUAAUGCCAUACCUCCUAUUCGAGAACACAAUGUCUGUCACAAAAUUCAACGCCAUGGUCUCGGGGCUAUUUCAGUUGGGUAGUUCCUAUGAAUGGGUGGUCACCAAGAAAUCAGGCAGAUCUUCGGAAUCGGACUUACUAGCAUUUGCUGAGAGGGAAUCAAAGAAUAUGAAUGAAGAGAAAAUUUCAAGAAGGCUAUCCGAAUCUGGUCUAGAACUAUACGGAAAAAUAAAAGAACAUGAAGAGGUCCCCAAGAAAAAGAAAGCAAACAAAAUCUACAGGAAGGAAUUAGCACUUGCUUUUCUUUUGCUCACUGCAGCUGCAAGAAGCCUAUUAUCUGCACAGGGCAUACAUUUCUAUUACUUGCUGUUUCAAGGCUUAACAUUUCUUAUAGUUGGCUUGGAUUUAAUUGGAGAACAAGUCAGCUAACAAAAGCAAAGAGUUUUAAUAUUUUAUUUUAUUUGGCACAUCAUCUGUUUAGAGACCAAAAUUUCCAGUUGAGUAGCAAUCAAAACUUGGCUACAAACUGGAUUUUCACCACAAGAAUAGUUACAGGUGAAUUUUAAACAAGUAGCAUACUCAGAUUCAUUCAUAUAUACUUUAUUUUAUUUCUUUUCAUUUGUGAAAUUUGUAAUUGCCUUUACUAUUUCAAGCAAAAUAAUGGGAAUUGGAAAUAUUGUUGACUUACUGUGAA